AUCAGACAGGCGGCUCCAGUCAGUGAGAAAUCGCAGAUGUGAGGAAGCUGACACAUGUCCAGCUAAUGAAAAGAGAAGGAAGGUUUGUCACAGACUCCGCUUGAAGAUUAGGAGCUGCAAAAGAAGACCCAUUUUUAUUUAUAUUUUAAAGAAAUCGGGUGUCUUUUGGACAGCAGCCUGGUUGUUGUUGUUGUUGUUUGGCAUUUGGGUGCAUACGUUGCGAGUGAGAAGAGGGUGCCAGUAAUGCCAGGAUCCCCUGUGGAAGUGAAGAUACAGUCAAGAUCUUCGCCAUCCAGCAUGCCGCCAUUGCCGCCUGUCAACCCUGGUGGACCUCGGCCUGUCUCAUUUACCCCAGCAGCAUUACCCAAUGGAAUGAACCAUUCUCCCCCGACGCUGAAUGGAGCACCGUCACCCCCUCAGAGGUUCAGCAAUGGCCCUGCCUCAUCAUCUUCAUCUUCACUGACCAACCAGCAGCUUCCAGCUACCUGUGGGGCCCGUCAGCUCAGCAAACUCAAACGCUUCCUGACCACCCUCCAGCAGUUUGGCAACGACAUUUCACCAGAGAUAGGGGAGAAAGUCCGCACUCUUGUUCUGGCAUUAGUGAAUUCUACUGUGACAAUAGAGGAAUUUCACUGCAAACUCCAGGAGGCUACCAAUUUUCCUCUUCGUCCAUUUGUGAUUCCAUUCUUGAAGGCCAACCUUCCCCUUCUGCAGAGGGAGCUGCUGCAUUGUGCUCGGGCAGCCAAACAGACCCCUUCCCAAUACCUGGCCCAGCAUGAGCACAUCUUGCUGAACACAAACACUGCGUCCCCAGCUGACUCUUCAGAGCUGCUGAUGGAAGUGAAUGGAAACGGAAAGAGGCACAGUCCAGACAGGAGGGAAGAAAACAGCUUCGAGAGAGAGCCUCUCCCAUCCGAGCCUCCUGCCAAGAGGGUGUGCACCAUUAGUCCAGCCCCUCGCCACAGCCCGGCUCUGAUGUUGCCCGUCAUAAAUCCAGCGGGACAGUUUCAUCCUACUCCACCCCCACUCCAGCAUUACACCCUGGAAGACAUUGCAACGUCCCAUUUGUACAGAGACCCAAGCAAGGCAUUGGAGCAGAGAGAAUUGCGAGAUAGACAUGGUAUAGGGUUAAACGGAGGUUAUCAGGAUGAACUCGUGGACCAUCGCCUAACAGAGAGAGAAUGGGCCGAUGAAUGGAAGCAUCUUGAUCAUUUGCAGGAGGAAAUACAUUUUCUAACAGCUUCUUCAAACGCUGUUCUUUCCUCUCUCUGGAAGGCAUUGAAUUGCAUCAUGGAAAUGGUCGAGAAGACCAGGCGCUCUAUGGCCGUUCUCCGCCGUUGUCAGGAGGCUGAUAGAGAAGAGCUCAACUAUUGGAAGAGGCGAUGCAGUGAAACCACAGAGCCACGGAAAGGGGGGAAUGACUUAAUCACGAGGCAACAUAGCCCAGGGAGUUCAGACUCCAUUAACAGUGAUUCUCAGCGGGAGUUCAGCGGCAGGUCAGGAGCAGCCGGUUAUGUCACCGAAGAGAUAUGGAAAAAGGCUGAAGAAGCUGUGAAUGAAGUGAAGCGCCAGGCCAUGUCUGAAGUCCAAAAAGCUGUAGCAGAGGCCGAGCAGAAGGCAUUUGAAAUGAUUGCAUCUGAGAGAGCCCGCAUGGAGCAGACCAUUGCCGAUGCAAAACGCCAGGCUACAGAAGACGCUUUCCUAGUCAUCAAUGAGCAGGAGGAGUCUACAGAGAGCUGCUGGAACUGUGGGCGCAAAGCCAGUGAGACCUGUAGCGGCUGCAACAUUGCCCGCUACUGUGGCUCCUUCUGCCAGCACAAAGAUUGGGAGAGGCACCACCGAAUCUGUGGGCAGGGCUUACACAGCCAAGUCAAACCAGCCCCUAUACCAGCAGGCCGAUCCGCAGCCGCUGCCACCCUCAAAGCAGUCGAUGCGGUAGCAAGUCCGGCUCUAGAGAAAACGUCGGCCGCCACUUCUCGAUCCUCCACUCCAGCCUCCGUGACAGCAAUAGACAGUAACGCACUCUAAAAAAGAGAUGAUUGCGCUCAACACAGUUUAUUAGUUUUCUACAUUGAAAAACAGAUGCCUCAAAAUGUUGAAGAAGGUUUGUACUCCAGCACAUUGGCGCUCAGGCUUAUGUUGUUUUGGGGCAUUUUCCAUACCAUUAUAAUGUCAUUUUUAGGAGUCCAUGUUAGCCUUCCUUAGUGGGAUCUCAGAACGGUCUGCCUGGGACCCUGAGGACUUUGGCCUAUUGUUUCAUUUUAUCCGAACUUUCUCAAAAUGGUACUCUCACCCGAGGUUCUAACAAGAUGGUUGUUCGUUUUACUACAAAGCAGAGCUUGCCUGGGCAUCCUCUUCUCUCAUCUUUGGUAUGCAAUCUGACCAUUAUUUGAAAAUUUCUUUCUCAGGCAAAAGAGAAUCAGGUGAAAUGAGAUGUAAGUAAGCUUGAUUCUUAGUUCUAGCUAUUUCUGCUCCUCCCAUUAUCUAAGACUAUAUUUAUUAGUUCCCCCACCCCCUUUCCAUUUCCCCCACCUCUCUCUCAAUUUGGACACAUGGGAAAAAAGGGGGGAUGUACAAGGAUGCUAUUUUUGUUUGCUGAAAGGAGGAUUUAAAACUACUUCAUAUAAUGACUCAGCAGCCAUCCCACUUGUUGAUCCAUUUUAAUUCCUUACAGUUAUGGGCAAGCUGCUUAAGAAUCUGUCUAUGGGCCGCAACAGAUUGAAAUGUUUCAUCCAAAGAUUUUUACAAAAGGGAUUGGUGGUCAUUCCCUCAGAUCUAAUUGCUUUGUCUCGUAACACCAAGAUAUUAUUUACUUACACACACACACACACACAGAGAGAGAGAGAGAGAGAGAGAGAGAGAGAGAGAGAGAGAGAGAGAGAGAGAAGUUGUUGGCUUUUAAUGUUUGAGAUUCAUUGAUACAUAAAUUUUGUAAACUGCUUUGAUGUGGUAUAUACAUUAAAUAAAUAAAAUAACAGGACCCCCACUAGACAUGGUUUAUUCCAACAGGUUUUCUAUCACCUGGUCUCUCAGUGCAUGUGAGCUAAGUUAAAUAAAGUUCAAGUUGCAAAUAACAGAUUUCACGAACAUCCAAUGGGAUCUUUUUGCUUCUCUAAACAGUAUAUAUCUUUAAACUGAUACCUCCAGCUAGGGAUCCUUUGCACUGAAAACCAAGGAAUGUGACUUUACCAACGUAUUUGGCUACGUUCCUGAGUUGUGAGGCCUCCCUGUUGCAUCUUUAGCAGCCUGCCUGUUCACUUCAGGGCAUUUGAAAGCAUGUCACUGGGAGGACACUUGAAAAGAAUUCAAAUCCACUAAGAACUUAAAUCCAUUAAGUUGUGAUGCUAAAUCUUGAGCAUGCCAAAUUAACUAUUAAAUUAUAUGAUUGAACUAGACUGAAGUUAACUUCAUGGUUGAAUUAGAUUAAAAAGUAAAUUAAAGUUAAUAAAUAAUUGCAGCCACACGGAAAGCCUUAUUCAUUUUUCCUGGGGAGCAUGGGGGUAAGGAUUUGGAUUGGAGAAAGACUUAAACACACCCACCCCCCAAAAUUGGGGGGGCGGGUGUAGAUAUACCCAAAGCUGCAUUCUGCUAGCAAAGUGACCAUGUAAGGCUUCUGUGUUUGAAAGGUUAUCAUUCUGAUACGGUUGACAUUGGAUUAAUUCAGAUGUAUACCAUGUGAAGCAACUCUGUGCUCUAAUUUCCUAACUCACUUGAGGUUUAGCAGCCGAAGCAUACUUUGCCUCAUUUGAAGGUUAUAUUUUGCUACUAUUGUUGUGGGAGAUGAAAUUGCGAGUGCAGAAGAUGAAGGAGCACAUGAGAAACAGGGCUUGUUCAUUUGGUGCCCAAAUGUGAUUUAGCAUUAUUUCUAAUGGCUGUCCUGUGGUAGCCAAUUUUUUAAGGUAAUAUUUGAUCUUCUAGAACACUGCUUGGGAGCUGCUUUGGUUUUGCUCAUGAGACACAUCUCCAUGCAUUCACAUUCCCAGAUACUAAACUGCCUGAAGAAAAAAAAGCCAAAAAUUCCACAUGCGACCCAUCACUUAGUGAUGCAGUGCCAAAGAGGGAAGUCUUCAGUUUUAUUGAUGAGUGAAGAGGAUCAAGGUUUUAAAAUUAUCAAAAAUGGCCACUUCUGUUGGAUGCAGACCUUUCUCUGCCACAUGCAAAAAAGAAAAAGGAAAAAAGCAGUAAAAGAAGCAGCCCUGUUAAUCUCAAACUUUUCUCGUACUGCAAGGAAUACUAAUUCAGUUUUGCAGAAAAAUAUGGAAAUUAUAAUUAAUGCUGUGGUGUUGAAAUUACUUAUUGGCUUGUAAACCCCCACUUGCCAUGUUAUUUUCUGCAGAGAAGUGAAAAGAAGAUUUGCUCCAAAGAGUUAAGGGGUGUGGGGGGGGGUGUCUGCGUGUGUGUGUGAGAGAGAAAGCGAGACGGCAUUCUGAAAUUGUGUGUAAAUAGGCAGUCUUCCAUAACUUUCCAUGCAACUACAAUGGCUUGCUAUGUAUUAAGAGGAAAACACACUAACUCCAAUGUACAUAAAUGAAUGCUACCAUUCAUGAUUUUAAAACAAUUUUUGAAAAUGUAUGUGGAAUUCUACUACGGGAAGACUCCUUGGAUUCUGUUUUCUAUCUAAUUUUUGCCAUUCGAUUCUAUACUAGGAGUUUUUGUUACCUAUUUUAUGUGCAUAACUUAUUUAAUGUACUGUAUAAAGGAACCCAAACUGUUACAGAUGUAUUUAGUUUGUUCUACUCACAGUAGUCAAUAAAAAGACUAUAUUCACCUUA